AUGGCGCAACCGGCCGGCUCAGCUUCUCCCUCCCAAGAACUACCCGUGAGCGCACCAGCGCGUUACAUGACUAGCGCCCCGGUCCACUGGUCUUACCACUACGACGCGAAGCCCGCGGCACGGCAGCGUCUCCCGGCGGCUGUCUCUUGCCCGUGUCCUUUCGAAGAGCCCCCGCAGGAGGACAUGAAUGCGCUACUGGCUAACGCUCUCUACGACAGCAUUCGGGCAAGCUUCCCGUACAUUUUGCAGACACAGUACAACUACGGUGUCGACACAGCAGGAAAUGUGUGGGGUGCCUACGGGUACACUCCCGUCCGAUUCGCCCCCGAGAGAACAAGGGCUGCACAGUUGAAUCAGCAAGCUCAGCAACGCAUUAGGACUGGGAAAUAA